AUGACAAGAAAAGCAAACGGGAAUGGAGCUUUGACUGUUGCGCAGUCAACUAUUGGGAAUCUCCUUGGUCCAUUUGUGACGACCGCCUUGAUAAAGCUAUACACAGGAACCAAGGCCUGGUACUUGGAUAUUCUACCGGGAACCGAAGGAGUGACUGAGACUUACCGAUUUGUCUUCAAACAGUUAGGGCUUUCGGUUUUUGUCCCAUUACUGGCCGGUCAAGUUAUAGUCAGCUUGUCCCCUCAUCCUGUGAAGAAGGUAUUCGGGGAAUGGAAGAUGAGCAAACUGAGCUCUUUUGCACUACUAACCGUCAUCUGGAGUACUUAUGACGGUGCCUUCAAGUCCGGAGCCUUCUCUGGCGUUCCAUCGGAUAAUAUGGUGUUCGUCGUACUUAUCUUAAUAGCGCUGUAUUUUGUGUGGUUUGCCAUGUCUAUCGUUGUCUCUCGGCUAUGGCUCUCCCAUGAAGAUUCGAUAGCCGUGGCGUAUCUGGUACCCACCAAAACCCCGGCAAUGGGUGUGGCAUUGACAACGAUUAUGUUUGUGGGAUUGUCCGAAGCCACUGAGACUAGGAUGAUGUUACCCAUGGUCAUCUACCAGGGGAUUCAAACGAGCCUUAGUAGCCUGUUGGCUAUUCCACUGCGGAAAUGGCAAGCUACCAAAUCUGUGCAGCAACAGUCGGCGGGUGUUGAAGCCACAGCGAUAGAUAAUCAUGCGCACGACGCAGACUUGUCCACGAUGCAUGGGCAUAACACGUCGGCUAGCACUCUGGCAUGA